AUGCUUCGCUUCUGUACAGAAGGAGGACCUUUAAUUGAUUACGUUUUUAACAUCAUUGUAUCAAAGGCUGACACGAAAUUCGAUGUAGCUUUCGAACAAGUUUAUCCAAAAGAACCUGCAGAUCCAAAAUUCGUUAAUACUUUCAAGGUUUUCGUAUAUCCUGAUGCAAAUGCUAUAGAAUCGAACUCAUUUUUCAAUUUUAUUAUCGGCGAUACAGCUGUUGAUUUCAAUCACGGUUUUAUUAAAUAUGAUAAUAAUACAACUGGUCGCUGUAUCAUUUCUAAAUAUUACUAUCCGACACUAUUCAAGAAACUACUUGUGUCACAUAAAAAUGAUUUGCAGGAUAUCGCAAAAGUUUUAGUUGUUGAGCCAAAUCAAACAGAAAUCAACGUAGACGGAAAGGACUACCAGCUCAGUGGCGCAUCUGAGAAACAAAAGUUACUUAAGAUCAUAUUCAAGACAUUUUCUCCUUUCGAAAUUUCAAAAAUUAUUAUUAAUAUGCUCGAAGCUCGUCACAUCUUCCCUAUUUCACUAAAUCUCUCGAAACUUAGCCGUGCCGUUGCUGCUUUACCUCUUCUUAUUGAGCCUUUCCGUUGGAAUAUGAAUCAAAUUCCAGUCCUUCCAAUUGCCUUAAAAGAUGCAACAAAUAUUCCUGUUCCGACAAUGAUUGGUAUCUCAGAUCCGACAAUUUUACUUGAAGGAAGAAUUGAUAAUCACAUUUUAGUCAAUUUAGAUACGUUUUGCGUUGUCGAAAACCCUCCUUUCAACGUUGAUUCACCAAAAGCAUUAGAUGUACUUACAUUACAGCUUGGUUUCCAAAACCAAGUCACAGAUGAAUUAAAACAUUGGGCAAAACUGAAAUCUUUCCCUCACAAACAUAUCCAGAAAAUCAUCAGAUUAUUUAUCAGUGAGUAUUUGAUGAUUUUUACGGGCCGCGUAAGAAAUGUAAAUGAUUUUGUCGCUGCAACGUCGAAAUUCCCAGAAGCAUUAGCAGAAAGCCAAGUUAUCCAUGAUUUGGCCCAAUUGGAUGCUCUUCCACCACAAAUCAAGUCAAGAUUUAAUGACUUUUUCGCCGAAAUCUUCAAUGGCUCUGCUCCUCAAGUUAAAUUGUACAAAUCACCGUCAUCAUCUUGCAAACAAAAUGCCAUGAGUAUAAGUCCAAGUAAACCAGAAUUGGUCAAACAACAACCAGAUUUACUUGGAAUUUCGGAUGGCCAAUCAGACAAUGGCCAGACAACAGCAGAAGCUCCUCAGCGUAGUAGCAGUAUGUCAUUCAACCCAUUUUUUGACAUGUCCACUCCUGCAUCUACUCCAUCUAAAGAAGAGACAAAGGCAGUUGGUUUCGGACCAUUCGCAAAUCAACAAACUACUCAACAGGCACCAGUAAAUGAGGUUACCGACCUGUUUGCACCUGGUCCAGCAAGAAAUUCGGCUGAUUUAUUCGCUCCUGCUCCUUCUAACGAUUUAUUCGGCCAAACAACGCCUGUAAAAGAUAUUUUCCAGCCACAGCAACAAUCCACUCCUAUUAAUGACUUAUUUGGCCAAACUCCACCAGCAAAUAGGAGUCCAUUUGCUAGCCAGCAAACAGCAACACCAAAUAACAAUCCAUUUGCUAAUACAUUCGUGAAAGAUCCUUUCUCGAGUCAAAAAGCGCAAACUCCAGGAAAAGAUUUCUUUGGAAUUUCGAGUUCUCCUGUUCAGCCAAGAAAUCAGCCGCAAGUAUCAAUGACUCUAGGUAGAGAAGAUAAUAAACCUACCUUCAUUUCAUUUGAUGCUCAGCCAAAUUCGAUGCAAAAAUCUUCUUCAAAUACUUUUGAUCCAUUUGCUGACUUUUCUGCGGGCCAAGGCAAUAUGAAUCCAUCGCCAAAUAAGUCAUCAAAUGCAUUCGAUCCGUUCAUAAGCCCAAUGGUUCCGAAAACAAAGAAACCAGAUAGAAAUUCAAAUAAUUUCGACUUGUUCUCAUGA